UCUUGCAGGGUGUAAGGUAACGGGCAAAAUGGGAUGUCCUGUGUGUGGGAAAAACACAUAUAGUAUGUGGCUAACUAAUUGCAGGAAGCACGUAUAUAUGUCCCAUCGGAAAGGUCUACCUCCGAGACAUGCUUGUCGUGGAAAGAAAUCAUGGUUUGAUGGGAAAUAAUAGCAUGAGAGAAAGGGAAGCAAGAGGAAGAUUUUAGAGCCUGUUGGAUCAGAGUCGGAUGAUGAAUCCAGUGAAUCAGAGGAAGAAGCAGUAGAUGAGGAGGAGCUAUCUAGAUGGACGAAGCGGUCAAUCUUUUUCAAGUUGCCUUAUUGAGAGGAACUCCCGGGUAAACACAAUUUAGACGUGAUGCACGUCGACAGAAAUAUUGCUGCAAGCCUUAUCGCAACGUUGCCGCAUUGUGGAAAAUCAAAAGAUGAACUUAACGCUCGAAAAGAUCUUGAACUGCUUGGCAUUAGGAAGGAUUUACAUCCUCAACCCCGUGGGAAAAUAACUUACCUUCCUCCAGCGCCUUGGUCUUUGUCUAGCAAGGAGAAGAAAUUAUUCUGCAAGCAUCUAUCUGAAUUUCGUGGUCCGGAUGGUUACUGCUCAAAUAUAUCAAGGUGUGUGAAGAUGGAGGAAUGUAAGAUAUCAGGAAUGAAAUCACAUGAUUACCAUGUGUUGAUGCAACAGCUUCUUCCGGUUGCGAUUAGAGGGCUAUUACCUACAGGUGUUAGGAUAGCUAUGGGACGCCUGUGUGCUUUCUUCCAUCACCUUUGUCAGCGAGUUAUUGAUAGAGAGAAAAUUGAGAUUACGGAAACAUAAAUUGUGGAAACUCUAUGCAUGUUUAAGAGGUUUAUUCCUCCAAGUAUCUUCGAUAUAAUGGUGCAUUUGGUAGUUCAUCUAGGCAGGAAAGCUCGGUUAUGUGGACCUGUCCAUUUCCGUUGGUGAUAUCACUCAAAUUACCCUAAGGAGUGAUUUAUACUCUCUCAAAUAAGAGGUCGAGUUGUAGUACUUAGGGAUCGAAUUCACAGGGAGCUAGGGAAGCAAUUAAAUCUAAUCAGUUUAAUUAAGCUAGCCUAAUAGGUUUAAAGUAGUAAAUAGAGAUAUGCAAAGCAGGAAACAAGGUGAACAAGAGUUGUUUGAUGGAAGGAUGGUUACUAGACUUAGGAUUUCAUUCAGGUUAUUAGAACUCUAAACUAUAGAUGCUAAGGAUUGAUUCUAGAACUCGAUAUCUAAUGCAAAAAGACAACCAGCUCUCGCUGUGAGUCUAAUCUAUUGACUAAAUUCAGUGUUUCAGCUCUCGCAUGUUAACACAGAUCGAGCGUCGAUUGAUGCUAUGGAUUGAGUGUCGAUCGAUGCUACGGAUUGAGUGUCGAUCGAUGCUAUGGUUUAAGCGUUGAUGGACAAUGCCUUAGGCAAGCGUUAUCGAUCUGAUCGAUUAUGUUCAACUAGAUUCCUAGACCAACUCUCGUAUGCGCCUAGGUUUCUAAUCCAAGAGGAUUCGGGUUCUGUUAAUUGAUUGCACUCUCGUACCUCUCAAUUGUCCUAUGAUUCUAGGUUCAAGCAAUUAGUCACACUCUCGUGGUUUUCCAACUACUCUAGAUCCUAGUAUUACAAGCUAUCCUGAUGUAGAGAUCUUUAGGUACCCUAACAAUCAUAUAAUUCAGAAAUUCAUUCAAAACCCUAGAAAUCCUAAACGUAGCAGGUGGAUCUACUCAUGCACGAUGUUUCUCACAAAAAUCAUAAAUGAAUAUAUGAAUAACAUAAAAUAUAAAUAAAACCAAAACAAUGGAGUUCCAAGAGGACUCUGAAGGAGUUCCUCCGUUCUCUCAUAACCUAGAACUAUGAAUAAAAUAAAGCUUAGCCGUCAACAAUGGCUUAGAAAACACAUAAAUAGGAUUUCGGGUCGUCCAAGGGUAUUCUGGUAAUUUGUGGUUGCUUCUGGGCUUCAGUCAGUCAUAGAAUAUGCUCGGACCGCAUUCUGGCAUCCAUAUCGAUCGAUAUCAUGAGUUCUGCAUCGAUCGACAUAUGUUUCUCUUCUCGACAGCUUCCUCUCGGGAGGCAGACUGACCACUCUUCAGUAACACGGGCAUAAUGUCUUCUACAGGAUGCUGAUUGACCUCAACCUAGUGGCAUUGGAAAUCUAACUCAAAGCUCUAUGUUUUUCCAAAAGAUGGGCUCAAUCUAACGGUGGGAAGGUCUGCAUUCAUAGCUAGACAUCUGACACGUGUGCGCAGUUCUGCACCUCAAAAGACUCCAAAAUCACCAUAUUUCUCCAGAACGUACUUGAACCUGUAAAUAUUCUAAAUAGACUCUAUAUAGUAGUAAAUAUAUAUUAAAACACUUGUAGACCAUGGCUAAAAGUGGGUAAAAUCCAUGGUCUACCAGUUGGAUGUACCCAUUUGAGAGGUACACUUAUAUCUUCUAAGUUGUUAUCUUAUGCAGUCAAAAAUCAUGCUUCUAACCUUCGAUGAAUUUGAUCUUAUUCAGGUACAUGAAAGUGCUGAAAGACUUCGUAAGAAACCCUGCAAGACCAGAGAGUUGUAUUGCUGAAGCGUAUCUCGCAGAGGAAUGCGUUAGGUUCUUCAGUGUGUUCUUCAAAAAGACAACAAGUUAUGAGGAGAAACCUGAAAGGAAUACUGAGUUCGAGAGCAGCUCUAUUCUGGAGGGACGUCCAAUAUCCGCAGGCACCGAUUGUUCUUUCUGAGAAGGAUAUGAACAUUGUACAUCUUGCUGUGAUUCAUAAUAUGGCAAUCGUGGAACCUUAUGUGGACAUGCACCUAUAACAUCUACAGGACAGUAAUGAAAGAUGUGGAGGUGAUGCAACAACAUUAUGGAGAACCCAUACUCAGAAAUUUGCAUCCUGGUUAAAAGAGCAUGCAACUUCCUAAUCUGAGCAAGAAUUUUAUUGUUAUGGUGUUUUGUUAUAGAUAUGUAUUGACAGUUAACAUUUUCUGUUAUAGAUACCAAUUACUUUACAGAAUCACGAAGAAACACUGAAGUGGUUGGCCUACGGUCCUCGUGUAAGCACAAGGGCUUACAAUGCCUAUAUCAUUAAUGGCUACGGUUUCACACCAUUUUAGUUGACAGGCAAACUCAGAACAGUGGUGUUUUGUACGAGGCAACAGCAAUGUGUCGAUCUAUUGCAAAAGACACUUCUCAAAUGGUUGAUUUAGUAACUUACUAUGGAAGAGCGGUGGAGAUUCUACUGAUCGACUACAAUACAUUCUACAUUUUUGUAUUCCGCUGCCAAUGGGCAAACAUAGGAAAUGGAGUGAAGGUAGAAGAUAGCUUCACACUAGUCAACCUGAACCAAAGCCAAAUGGCUUUGUCUAGAGAUCCAUACAUCCUCGCCUCACAACCCAAGCAAGUAUUUUAUUCUAGAGUAGAGGAGUCAUCCUGUUGGUAUAUAGCUAUGAGAGGUCCUACAAGAAGAUACAGUGAAGACGAUUGUGAAGAUGGUCAUGCAGAUGUUGGUCCAUUGCCAGCAGUUGUAGCUAUCGAUGCUGAUGACUUGGUUGAUGAUUCUAGAAAUGCCAGGGCUGACUGUGAAGGAAUUUUUUUUUGAAAUGAAACAAUUUUUUUGUUGAUAUUGCAGAUGUUGCAAUGAAUGUUUGAUGGGAGGAACCUGUUUUUUGUUUGUAAUGAAAUUAUCUGCGUUUACGUUGCUUGAGUGUUGUCUGUUUUGAUCUUAUUCUCUGUUUUCUUAGUCUUGUUUGUUUAAUUUCCAUCAUUUCGUUGUGUGUGUCAUUGUGUUUUUAGAAAUUGACACUUAGUCACUCUUUUAUGUUUCAGGUGAACCUUGAGGGGGAAUCGUAAGAACAAGCGUGUGAUGAAGUAAGGACACUGAAGAAGAAGCAGACAGAAGGGGGGGGGGAAUUGGUAGAAAUGGAGGUUGAAAUGGAGGAAGAAGAGCAAUUCCUCGAAGAAGUACCAAACAAAGAAGUUUCAGAGGAAGAAGAGCAAUUCCUCGAAGAAGUACCAAACAAAGAAGUUUCAGAGGAAGAGGAGCAUAAUGAAAUGGAGGAAAAAGAGCAGAAUGAAAUGGAGGAAGGAGAGCAGAAUCUAAUGGAGAAAGAAGAGCAUGAUGAAAUGGAGGAAGAAGAACUUGAGGAAGCUGAUGAACAGUAGACUCAGACUAACACAGUUACUCAGCAUAAAAGACAUCGAGGAGCAAUGAAGAUAAAGCAGAUUGCCAAGGAUCCAAAUGAACGGCUACAUGUUGACUUCACCGAUUUGGGAGAACCUUGUGGUCCAGGGUCAGUAAUGUUAUCCUCCUACUUGGGUCCCUUAGUACGUGAACAUGUUCAUGUGGUCAUUGAUAACUGGAGGAAGGUUACUGAAGAUAUAAUAAUUGUGCUAUGGAAAUCUAUUACGGUAAGCUGAAUCAACUUAUACAUUUGUCAUGUAUUUUGGUUAUAUGCUAAUGUGUCUCCCAUACGUGAAUACAAAUGAGGUUUGACAUGGACGAAGAGUUCAAAAAGGAUGCUUUGUUUAAGAAGAUGGGAUGUUUGUGGAGAGCAUCCAAAUCACGUCUGGUAACCACAAUCAGGAAUGCUCCUACAAUGAAAGCAAGGAUGAAGCUGCGACCCAAGAAUGUAACUCCAACUGAAUGGUGUAAAUUCAUCAGAGAGAAGCCAAGUUCUGCCUUCAAGGUUGUUAGUGACACUUACAGGGAAAAAACCCGAAGCAGAUUCCUCACACGUGCGGUCGUAAAGGAAUGGUGAGAUUGAGAGAAGAUCUGGUUAAGGCUAGCGAAGACCCAUCAAAAGUGUCAAGGCUAAGAGUGUGGGUCAAAUCACGAACUAAGAAGGAUGGAACGCAUGUCAAUGUGAAUGCGGCUGAAAAGAUAGUAAGUCAAAAUCAAUCUGACCACAUAGAUUUUAUGAAGUUGGAUUGUCUGCUGCUUGUUGAUAUAAUAAUUUGUCAUGUGUUUCCAGAGAAAGGCGUCAGAGAUAGAACUUGAGGGUCGUGAAGAUUACACCUCAACGAAUCCAAAGCAUGAUAUGAUAACUGAGAUAUUGGGACCUGAUCAACCUGGCAGGUUGAAAGCAAUGGGCAGAGGCAUUAGUAUCACCAAAUUAAACUGUUUACAAAUUAAGAACAACUUCAUGGCUGCCAUGGAAAAAAAACAUGUGUCUCUAGAGAAACAGGUUUACGAUUUGCAGCAGCAAAUUGCCAGGACGAAUAAUCAGGGACAAGAAACUGAUGUCAGUGAAAACUCGAAUAACAAGGUAUAGACUGACUUCCUCUGUCGUAAUCUAUCUCUAUAAUUGUAUAUAUGAAUUGAUUUGAAAUUUUUGUAUUUCACGUAGAGUGUAAAUACCAAGUUACUUCCGAAGUGUUAUCUUGUUGACUGGCCUGCUGUCGAUGUCAAUCUUGCUGAGGGAUGGGUUGUUUCAUCGGAACCUGAGGAGUUUUUUUUUUGUCAGCAACAAAAAAGACUCAUAUACACUCUACGAACCAUCCCGGUAACUCUGCAUCCAUAUGAACGACAAACGACAGUUGUUUCCUUGCACUGCGUGCUAGACUGUCCGCAUUUGAGUUCUGUGUCCGUGGUAUAUGAAUGAUCUUUGAGCUCUUGAAACUUCUCUUCAAGAACUUUAUGUCUUCCAAAUAGCUUGCAAAGGCUGGCCACUCUUCUGGUUCCGAAACCAUCUUCACCAAUUGAAGAAAUUCCGUUGCAAAAGUAACACAAGACUGUCGAAGAUUCCUUAUACAUUCCAUUGCCCAUAUGAGAGCCUCUAUCUUUGACUGUAGUGGCGACUGACUCGCUCUUGUAUUCCUUGCUCCCAUUAGUCCGUCGUAACCUUCCAGGGUACGGUACCAUCCUUGCCCUGAAUAUUUAUCCUCUGUUUUCCAAGAUCCGUCCGCAAGACACUAUUGUUGGGGUCAAAAACGGUUACGACGAAGUUAACAUUCAAAUGUCCGAAGAAGUAAGUGAGAAUAUUUCUACGACAAAUAUUCUUUCGAAAAAGAUCUUUUUUUACGAAGAGCCUUGCGGAAAAAACACGUUCGCAAAACAUCGGAGAAGGACCCGAAUAAGGUCGCUGCAUAAUGACCGAGCACACGUCCCGCUCGGUCGCUAUGUAGCGCUCGAGCCAAGCUCGGUCGCUACGUAACGACCGAGCGCGUGUACGUUUCGAUCGUUACGAAGCGACUGAGCUUUUCCAAAACGUCGAUACGACACGAAUCCAUGCAUUCUUGUCUACUCUUUGAUGCUAUCUCCCGAAGACUGUAGCAAACCCAUUUCAUGUUCCUCGUCAUUUGAAGUUAUCAAUCGAACUUUACGAUAAAAACCGCGGAAAGUUCGUUUUUUAUCGAAAGAAUCCGUAAUAAACGUUUUGAACCAAAAGACGGCCCAAAGAGGCCUAAGACAUGACUCGAAGCCCACUUAUGAUCCCUUAACCAAAAGCCCUAAACCGUAGGACGGUUUACGCUUGGUUCGCAAGGAAAGAUAAAUAUUAAGUUUCCGCGGAUAAAUACGAAGUUUUGGAAGAUAAUUAAGAAGAUCGGGAAAAAUAGAAUAUCUCCAUUUUUAAGCUAUGACAGCUUGAGGGCAGAAGGAGAAAACCGUAAACCGACCUAGGAGCGAGUAUAUAAGGAGUCCUAGGCGAGAGGCACAAGGAGAACUUUUUCAGAGAGAACUUAGCACUUAGAGCAAUUAGGCGACUUUCCGUUAUUGUUAUUUCGAGCUGCGAAUCAAUUAGGUUUAGCCGUCUUAGGGUUGUUAGAACUAGGAAUAUCGCCGACAGCUCUCGAGCCCAGGCUUAUAUCGCAAAUUCGGAAUAAUACUUCUUUUUGCUCUCUUUUUAUGAUUUCUUAAACUUUUUCGUUGUUAUCUCGUGUUCUGAUUGCUUAGCGUGUGAUAUUAGCAGAUAUCCGAGACCUCUGGAAAACUAGGGUUUUCCUACUUUCCUAAUUUAAACGGAAAUCGACAAUGCGAAUUUCGGUUCCCACAGUUUGGCGCUAGAAGGAGGGGGGGGGUACGGAUCAAUCUAACCCGUAAAAGCCACUCAACGAUUAGAAACGAGAUGCAAGACUCGACUUGCGCGAACGUCAUCUCGUUCAAGGGGGGAGCAACGAUCGAUCAGGCCAAACCUCGUAACGAUCUCCUUGUCAUCGAGGUAACGAUUCGUGACAUCGAUAUCGCUAGGCUCUCGAACCAUCCGAAAUCGUGGAAAACCCUAGCCCACUAUUGGGACUCUUGGGAGAAACCACCAUAGCUUUCAGAUCGAUUAAUCUUGCAGUAAAAGCUGAGACCGUGACAAGAGUCAUAGAGUUUCUAGUCAUAGACCGUCCCGCAUCUUACAACGUUAUCAUGGGAACACCACGGUUGAAUUCCAUGCGUGCGAUCCCAUCAACGUACCACUUUUGCCUAAAAUUUCCAACUCCUAACGAAAUCGAGGUAAUAUGGGGAAAUCCGAGAGUAUCACAUGUGUGUUUCGCCGCAGAACAAAAACGAAAAAGACCAGACCUCCAAACCAUUCCUAGAAAGGUGAAGAAAAUGGUCUCCGACGAAAACUCCCGAAGUCAAGAUUUAGCGGAACUCUUCUGGCAGUCCCGUAAAAUCGUGGCCCUAGAAGAAAAACGCGAACCAACUUGCAAAUCCGUUGUGACAGUGUGUCUCGAUGAAGCGUUCCCAGAGCGGUGUGUCGAGAUCAGAGCCAGUCUCCGCGAGCCCUUGAGGACAGAACUCAUAACCUGUCUGAAAAAGAACAUUAAUACUUUCGCAUGGGCAGCGGAGGAUAUGCCAGGGAUCGACAUUAACAUAACAUGUCACGGAUUGAAUAUCGAUCCGACUUUCAAACCAGUCAAACAAAAAAGACGUAAGCUAGGACCCGAAUGCGCUUCCGCAGUGAACGACGAGGUCAAAAAAUUGCUUAAAGUCGGGUUAAUAACAGAAGUAAGAUAUCCGGACUGGCUCGCCAACCCUGUAGUAGUCAAAAAGAAAAACGGGAAGUGGCGAGUCUCCGUGGACUUUACUGAUUUUAACAAAGCCUGUCCAAAGGAUAGUUUUCCUCUACCGCACAUCGAUCGGCUGGUCAAAGCAACGGCGGGAAACAAACUUCUGUCUUUCAUGGAUGCCUUCUCGGGUUACAAUCAAAUUAUGAUGAAUGCCGACGAUCGUGAAAAAACUGCGUUCAUUACUGAUCGCGGAACUUAUUGCUACAAGGUAAUGCCCUUCGGCCUCAAAAACGCCGGUGCAACUUACCAACGACCCAUGAACUGUAUGUUCUCCAAACAACUUGGUAAAACAAUGGAGGUCUAUAUCGACGAUAUGCUCGUCAAAUCCGUCCAGGCACAAGAUCACGUAUCACAUCUCGAAGAAUGUUUCGCACAACUGAAUUCCCAUAACAUGAAGCUUAACCCGACAUAAUGCAGAUUCGCCGUAGCAUCGGGAGAGUUCCUCGGUUACCUAGUGACAUACCGCGGUACUGAAGCUAAUCCAAAACAAAUCAACGCAUUGAUCGAGAUGGCUUCACCCAAGAAUAAGCGGGAAGUCCAGAAUUUGACCGGUAGAGUCGCAGCACUUAACCGAUUUAUUUCACGGUCAACGGACAAGUGUUUGCCUUUCUACGAUAUCCAACAGGGAAAUAAAAAAUUUGAAUGGUCGGAAGAGUGCGAAAACGCUUUCCAACGGCUGAAACGAUACUUAGCUACUCCUCCAGUCCUCGCAAAACCCGUGGAAGGGGAACCUUUGUUCUUAUACGUCGCAGUAUUGGCAACGGCUGUGAGCAGCGUCCUGAUCAGGGAAGAGCGCCACGAACAGAAACCUAUUUUCUAUAUAAGCAAAACCUUUCUGGAUGCUGAAUCUAUGUCUCCGCUAAUGGAAAAAUUGGCAUGCGCAGUCGUAACAUCGCCCUGGAAGCUAAGACCGUAUUUCCAAUCCCACACGAUCGUCAUCCUCAUGACCCUCCCCCGACGGACGAUUCUUCAUAGCCCGAGUCAGUCAGGCCGACUAGCCAAAUGGGCAGUCGAGUUGAGCGAGUACGAUAUCGAGUAACGGCCAAGAACGAGUGCAAAAUCACAAGUGCUCGCAGACUUCUUUGUCGAACUACCAACGGGGAACCUAAUUCCACCUGGCUCCUUCACGUCGACGGAUCCUCAUCCAAGCAAGGAUCGGGCAUCGGAGUCCGCCUCACAUCUCCGACCGGGGAGAUCUUGGAUUAAUCGUUCAGGCUGGAAUUUCCCGCCUCCAACAACGAGGCCGAGUACGAAGCGCUCAUCGCAGGGCUGCGUUUAGCUCACGGCUUGAAGAUACGCAUCAUCCACACCUACUGCGAUUCCCAGGUAGUAGCAAGUCAAUAUAGCGGAGAAUAUGAAGCACAUGACAAAAGAAUGGAUGCGUAUCUCAAACUGGUCCAAAAUCUAGCCCAAGAAUUUGACUGCUUCGCUCUUACGCGAAUUCCCCAUUCUGAAAACGUCCAGGCCGAUGCUCUUGCAGCCCUGGCGUAAAGUUCCUACCCAGGUCUUACAAUUGUAAUUCUGGUCGAAUUCAUCGAACACCCAAGUAUCGGACCGUCAACCUCAUUGGGGAUCAAGACGACGAGGUAGAGGAAGUUGCGAUACGGCCGGAACCAGAGCAAUCCGAUUACGGCUAUGAUACCCCAUGGCUGCAAACGAUUCAAGCCUACAUCACCGACGGAAAACUACUUCCCGAAAAAUGGGUGGCCCGCAAAAUCCGAACGCAGGCCGCGCGCUACGUAACAAUCGACGGCGAAAUUUACAAAUGGAGAAUCUCCGGCCACUCAUGACGUGUCUGGAAGGAGAGAAGGCAAGAAAACUUAUGGAGGAAGUUCAUUCUGGGUCCUGCGGACGUCCCGCUCGGUCGCUACGUAGCGCUCGACACCAUUGUUGGGGUCAAAAACGGUUACGAGGAAGUUAAUAUCCAAACUUGCGCAAAAAAGUGUGAAUCUCUUUCCGCAACAAAUUAUACAAUGAUCUCGAGGAAAAACCUCGUUCGAGUCCCGGUUGGAUCAAACACAAGCUGUCCCAAGGCAACAGAAACAUAUCUAAACCAGCCACGGAUAGGCUCGAGUGUGACGAUCGGAACACGGACAAGCCAAGCUCAAUCACAACGCAACGACCGAACAUGCACACUGCCUGGUCACUACGUAGCAACAGAGCUCAACCAAAGCUCGGUCGCUACGUAGCGACCGAGCGCGCGUCCCGCUCUGUUGCUACAUAGUGACCGAGCGCCUGUCCCGCUCGGUCGCUACGUAGCGACCGAGCGUGCGUCCCGCUCAGUCGCUACGUAGCGACCGAGCAAGCGUUCCUUUCGGUCGCUGCGUAGCGACCGAGCUCUUCCAAAACGUCGAUAAGACAUAAAUCUAAUAAUUCUCGUCUACCCUUUGAUGCUAUCUCCCGAAGACCGUAGCGAGCCCAUUUCAUAUUUUCCGUCAUUUGAAGUCAUCAAUCAAACUUUACGAUAAAAAUCGCGGAAAGAUCGUUGUUAUCAAAAAAAGUCGUAAUAAACGCUUCAAGUCAAAAUAAGGCCCAAAGGGACCUAAGGCAUGACUCGAAGCAAACUUUACGAUUUCUUAACCCGCAGCCCGUAAACCGUCCUUCGCAAGAAAAGAUGAAUGUCAAGUUUUGGCGGAUAAAUACGAAAUUUUGAAGAGAAUUACGAAGAUCGAGAAAAAUAGAAUAUCUCCAUUUUUGGGCUAUGACGGCUUAAGGCCAGAAGGGGAAAAGCGUAAACCGACCUAGGAGCGAGUAUAUAAGGAGUCCAAGGCGAGAGGCAUAAAAGAGAACUUUUUCACAGCAAACUUAGCACUUAGCGCAGUUUAGGCAAUUUUCCGUUUUUUGUUAUUCGAGCUGCGACUCAAUUAGGUUGUUGCCGUCUUAAGGUUUUAGAACUAGGAAUCUCGCCGACAGCUCUCGAAGCUCAGGCUCUUACCUUCUUGGAGCGCUCAAACGCAGAUUCGGAAUAAGAUCUACUUUGCUAUACUUUUGCGAUUUUUAUACUUUAUCGUUGUUAUCUCUUGUUCUGAUUGCUUAGCGUGUGGUAUUAGCAGAUAUCCGGGACCUCUGGGAAAUUAGGGUUCUCCUACUUUCCUUAUUUAAAUGGAAAUCGACAGUGUGAAUUUCUGUUCCCACAGUUUGGCGCUAGAAGGAGGGGGGGGGGUACGGAUCAAUAUAACUCGUGACCACAUCACGCUCAACCAGACAUGUCAACUAACGAUGCGGACAACGUGCAAACUCCUCUCAACGGAGGCAGUGGCACUGAUCUCCACGCUCUAGUAGCAGACGUAUCCGCGGCCAACGCACCAGCCAACGCCGCGGUGCUCAAGGAGUUUAAAAAGAUGUUUGGCACCUAUGAAAAGAGGUCGGAAGAACAGGUAAGCUUGUGAGCACCCAAACCAAACAGGUUGAAACCUUAACGGCAAGGACUCAAGCAAUCUGCCCCCGCGGAACCACGAUAGUCCGCGGGAAAAGACUCGACUUCGCAACCCCGCUCGACAGGCCUGAGACCACGCGGGAACGAUCUUCGGGUCAAAACCCUAGCGAAAAAUCCCCUGUCGAAAAAGGAAACCCUGAGAGUCCUCCACCUCCCGCGAAGGAUUCAAAGGAUAUUGAAGUGGAGCACAUCGACUUGGAUCCCAGCGACGUCUCCAACGAUUCCGAGGAGGACGCCGAUAGACAUCCAAGAAGGACCAGAAGCCGAUCUGCUCGGGAAAGCUCUCCGUUCGAUAAACCAAUGACGGAAGAGGAGGAAAUCCUCUAUUGGAAUGAACAAGAAGAGCUGGCUGAAAAGCAAACCGAGAUAACUCGCAGUAAAUGCCGACAAGCUCGGAAAUCUGCUGACGAGACAUCGGAUAUCCACGAUCUUCGCGAUUACAUCACCAAAACUGCAGCAGAAGUAAGGGCCGUAAAAUCGCAGAUCCAUCACGCUACCAGUGCUGCCCCCGAGAUCGACAUGCUACUAGAAGGGGCUCGGGAGACCCCCUUCACCACUCGCAUCUCUGAUAUGAGGGUAUCUGAUCCGGGAAAAAUCAAAGUACCAAAGUAUGAUGGUACAACCGAUCCGAAGGCGCACCUUCAGGCUUUCCACAUCACGAUGGGAAGAGCAAGACUGAAGGAUGGCGAAAAAAAAGACGUCGGUAUUGCCGUCUAUUCGUCGAGAAUUUGGAAGGAGCAGCCCUCGAGUGGUUUGCACGUCUUAAGAGAAACUCUAUCGGGAGUUUCUGACAGCUCGCAUCGGAAUUUCUCAAACAAUACUCUAUGUUCAUAGAUAGAGAAACUUCCGAUGUCGAUCUCUGGAGUCUAUCCCAGAGGGAAGACGAACCCCUCUACGAGUUCAUCAGCCGGUUUAAGCUGGUGAUGUCCAGGGUUAGUGGGAUAACCGACAAAGUGGACAUUGACGCGCUCAGAAAAACGCUUUGGUACAAGUUAAAAUUCAGAAAAUGGAUAACCCUCGACAAACCGCGGAUGAUCCAGGAUGCCCUCCACAAGGCGACGGACUACAUCAUAAUCGAAGAAGAAACGAAAGUCUCGUCGCAAAAACAUAAGUCGAUGAGACCGUCCUCGAAAGAUGUAGACCCGAAAACGAAGAAGAAAAACUCUCGUAACGAUAAGUACAUCCAUCACGAGGGAGAAGAGCUCCAAGGACCGCACAACUACGCGAUCAGUUCGGACCAAGGCCGAACCAUGGGUAAUACGUGGACUCGCAAUCAAGGAUAUGACGAAAACACCUUCUGCGAGUUCCACCAAUCCCGAGGCCACUUCACGACUAACUGCAAAGUCUUAGGAGCAAGGCUGGCCGCGAAGUUACUAGCUGGAGAGCUCUCAGAAGUAACCAGCGUAAAAUCCCUCAUCCUCGAGACUGAUCGCCCCCCAAAGACGGACAGAAAUCCGCCCGCGGAGAAGUCCCCUCAAAGAAACCAAUCCGGGGAUAAACGUGGAAGAAGGCCGGACGACAAAGGAAACGACAACAAUCGUCGCAGAGUCAACAUGAUCAUCGGAGGAUCGCAAUACUGCAACGAUACGAUUUCGGCCAUCAAGGCUUACCAGCGGAAAGCCGAGUCAAGUGCAAACUGGCCUACGUGGUCUCCUCCCCGAGACGGUCAAAACAGCUCGAUCACCUUCACGAAGGAGAAAGCCGGUGGAAUCGAUCAGCCUCACUGCGAUCCACUCGUCAUAGAUCUCGUCAUGCGAGACCUGGAAGUCGGGAUAGUGCUCACUGACACGGGAAGCACGGUCAAUGUUAUCUUCCACGACACUCUCAAUCGGAUACACAUAGAACUCGGAGAAGUAACUCCAAACGCCAAAACCACUCACGGGUUUUUCAGGCGAAGUGUCGAUAACUCUCGAAUUAAUCCAGCUGCCAGUCAUGGCCAAGGAAAUCAUAAAAAUGGUCGAGUUCGUGGUGGUCGAACAUCCUGCCAUCUACAACGUGAUCAUGGGAACCCCAUGGCUCAACGCCAUGCAAGCCGUUCCAUCGACAUACCACCUCGGUGUCAAAUUCCCAACCCAUAACGGAGUCGCAGCUAUCUGGGAUGUCAGAAACAGUCGCGGCUAUGCUUCCUCACGGAUCACAAGUUAAGGCAAAUCGCGACUUCCGUAACGGCAAAUCGCAAGCGCACGAAGAUAGAUCAACCUUCGGCCAAAAACGCUUCAAGGAAAGACGAUUUAACAUCACCUGCUGACGCAAACGCUUCGGACGUUGAAACUCAACACGAUUCCAAAGCCGAAACUACAACUCGACCGGAACAUCCCGAAAAAAGCACUGACCCGGCCACGGUCACCACGAUCAAGGCGGUCAGCACGGCGACAACCGCCGAGUAAAAACACUCGCGGCAUAAAACAGAACUACGAGAUGGCUUGAUCCUCGAAAGGGGUACAUAGGCAGCUCGUUAAAAGACGAGUUCAGCUAUCCCCCUCUCUAAAAAGGGGCGGAGGAGUGGGUACGUAUACUCGUAUACACCCACGUUUUAAAAAUGCAUCAUUGUAAUCGAGUUUUGAAAAAAAAAAAAAAACUUUACUACAAUACAUGUUUCCUUUUGUUUUUAAAACACUUACGUUUACGCAAAAAGUCUCAGGACAUGCUUAAAAAGUCUACAAAUAUUAAACUCUUGUCAACGGCUUUAUCCAGCCCAAAAUCGCAAAGCAAUCAUUCUUCAGCUCCUAAAAUAUACGUAUAGUCUUCGAAACAACUGCGAGACGUCGCCAAGUUAAAAUUCGAGACGAUGCAAACAAUUCUCCAAACGCGACCAUAAAAACCCGACAAAAAUUUACACCCCGUUCGUCGAUUGGCCCCGACAAACACGCCAGCCUUUUUAAACAAACGCAACUCGAUCACUCUUCUGAUCCUCGAACAUCCAACAUAAGGAUGAAAGCGUGCUACAAAAAAAAAUUCAAAAUUUUGGUUAGCACUUCGAGUUGGCUUAAAAAUUAUCUCUGGAAAGAUGCUCGAUUCAUACCAUACAAGUCAUAUAAGCCGAGAACCUAUCGCGGACUUUAAAUCGGUACGAAUUAGGUAUAAAUCGCAACAAGAAAAUCGAUAGCCGGCUAGUCACCGCACAAACCUUAUAACCGAGAGUAAACCUAGCUCUUGCCCUAAACCCAUCGCAUUGGUCUCUGACAUCUUAAGACAUGAUAUCUAAAUGAUACGAGAUCCUAAACCAUGUCUCUCCGUUCACAUCUCAAUGUUUUCAAAAGUUGUAAGAAUAAAUAAUUUUUACGAAAAAUCACGUUUUUAACAAACCGACAUAUUGAACAUCUCAAUGGAAUUAAAUAUGAGACGACAACUCAUGUUUACUUCAAACCUACUCAAAACAAAACAAUUCGAAAUAAACGCCCAUUAUAUAUAAAAACCGCAUAAGCGGUAAGGAUUCGAAGCCACCAACGGCCAGUCCCGGUAAAUGAUAAAACAGCCAUAACAGGCUCAUGCAAUGUCUCGAAAUAGAAGCCACACUCGGCAGAAAAAAAGACAAAUGAAGGCCAUACUCGGCCACAAACGCAGGAUAAAUAAACAACCUCCUCCCGCUGGACGAUCACUUCACCUCCCAAGGAUCAAAGUAAAAGUUCCCGGACAACGAAGCUCCAAACGCAUCCGCGGGACGAUCCACCUCCUCACAAUCGCAGGGAAACUCGGUCGUGGUCUCUACGGUAUCGGGAGAAACCGGGAUGGGAUCCCAGAAUCCCUGGAUCCUCCCGUCGAACGGAGGAAUGAGCGUCUCAGCGUGAGCAUGGUCUUUCAUGCCGUCCUUCAUUACCCUCAUCUCCUUCUCGAAAAUGUAGUCGUCCGCCUGCGUCUUCCAAAGACUCCCGACUGAACUGGGACACUCACGGUAAUAGCCCACCAAGGUGUAAGCAUCUUUGAGGUUCCCAUACUCGAUCUGGAACUGAGAGGCACGACUCUUCAUCGCCUCGACGAUCUUCCUCUUGCCCUUCCGUUCCGCCUUACGAACGGCCCUUGCAUGAUCACGAGCGAGUUGUGCAUCUCGCUCCAACAUCUCGCCUUGCAUGCUAGCAAGAUCCCUCUCCGCUUUCUCCACUUUAAAGCGAUAGACUAUGGCCUCUCUAUGGCUCGCCUCAAGGGCCGAGCCAAGCAAGUUCAGACCCUGCAGAACCAAUUAACACGUUUUAAGCGGGAAAAGAAGUACAUAAGAUAAUCGCCAAAAUUCUUGAAAACUAACCCCGUUGAUGAUACGAGACCCUUCCGCGAUGACUUUCGGCCUUCCCGAUUCGUUCAUAGGCGGGGGAGGAUCGAAAGCCGAGGGUAGAUCGGCAAAAAAAUCAUCGAAGUUCAGAAUAGGGAUCUCGCUCAUGCCGCUUCCAUCGCCUUAAGCAAGGUCCGGAUCCCAUCCUGGAAGCAUAGAAUCAUCCACUGAAAACUCUAUGUCACCAAGGUCAAUAUCUUUCCCCUUCGAAGAGUUCAACCCCGUCAUAACCGUGGGAGCAGCGUCGGGACCUUGGUCAUCAGGCUCGGAGUCGCUUCCUGUUUCCACGCCCGAAGCAAGACCGGGAUGCACAAACCUCAACGCCUUUCAAACUCUCUUCGGCGUAAAGGAAGUCCAUAAAAACGGACCGAUCUUGAGAAGAUCCCUCACUGCGAUUAUAUCCUCAGGAAACGGAGUAAGCGGAUUGAUGAAGGAACGAUCGUUCGGCAACCUCCAGAACAAAGGGAUGCAAUUCUCUUCGACAGACCCAGCGUCUAUACGAACAAAGAAGAAAAACCUCUUCCAUGAGUUACAGUUGGAAAGAAACCCCUUGACCACAUACAUGAAGUUCCGAGGGACCAGCCUAUACUUGUCCGUAUUCCGGACGAUCUGCAACCUGAAAAGCGCUUCAAAGUGGUCGACGGUAAGGGAGAGACCAUGCUCGUAGCUCAAAAUCAGGACUCCGACGAGGUGCUGGAUGCUAAGGGGGUUCAGUUGACUUAUCGCCACCUCAAAAUGAUCCAACACACGGACGAUAAUUUCGGGAAUCGGGAACCACAAGCGGAAGCGGACUAUGAAUGCUUCGUAACAAGUAAAGUAACCCUCCGGGGGACUACUAGCGCGCUCUCCUUGAUGAGGAACCCAGAAUUCCAAUGUAUCCGGAAUUUGGUAGAACGACCGCAUGAUCCGAAGAAAUUCGCUAGUGCUCCUACUUGGUGCACCUUCUUCGACCAAACGAUGGUUCAUAACCGGGAACGACUUCUCGUUGGGAGGUGUGAUCGAACCAUAACUCGCAACCCACCAUGCCUCGUUCUCAGUCGGAUCUACUGAAUGAGGCAUGAAUUCGAUCUUCGGCACUAAGAGCUCCUCGCAAACGUUUGCGGACGAGGAUCCUUUCUUCGAACUCCUCUUCUUACUUGACAUUUCGUAUUUUUAAAUGGAAUCAAGAAGAAAAGGAUAGAGAGAAAAGAGAAAUUCUUUCAAGAAAGCUCCUUAUUAGAAUAAGCAAGUGAAAAGAUUAUGAAGAAGUUACUUCCCUUCUUAUAGGCAUGAGAAAUUACUAUUUACCUGCGGACUUUCGGACAUGAACUUCGCCCAAACAUGCCAAUCUCGUCUGAACUCGCCAUACCGCACGCUAGAAUCUCAUCGGGAACCCGUGAUUCUAACGGGCUGGGGGCUAACUGUUGGCGUCAAAAACGGUUACGAUGAAGUUAAUAUCCAAACCUCCGCAAAAAAAGUGUGAAUCUCUUUCCGAAACAGAUUAUACAAUGAUCUCGAGGAAAAACCUCGUUCGAGUCCCGGUUGGAUCAAACACAAGUUGUCCCAAGGCAACGGAAACAUAUCUAAACCAGCCACGGAUAGGCUCGAGUGUGAUGAUCAGAACACGGACAAGCCAAGCUCAAUCACUACGCAACGGCCGAACAUGCACACUGCCCGGUCGCUUCGUAGCGACCGAGCUCAAGCCAAGCUCGGUCGCUACGUAGCGACCAAGCACACAUCCCGUAGCGACCGAGCUCGAGCCAAGCUCGGUCGUUACGUAGCGACAGAGCGCACGUCCCGCUCGGUCGCUACGUAGCGACCGAGCUCAAGCCAAGCUCGGUCACUACGUAGCGACCGAGCAUGCGUUCCUUUCGGUCGCUACG